UCAUGUGUCUGUUUAUUUUUUAGAUAAAAACUUUGGAAUUUGUGUUUGGAAUGUAAUAAAAUACUUAGAAAUCAAGCUUUUUCUGCUGUUCUCAUACAAUUUAUUUCAUCAAGGCCAGUAAAUUGUAAAUAAAACCCUGUAAAGUAAUGAUACCGCUAUUUUAUAAUAGAGAAGCUGAAAACAGGAAACGACAAAUCACAACUUUGAAAAUAUUUAACGAUAAUGUAAUUGAAAUUGUAUCGGAUUUGGAAUACGAAAUUCCUUUCCAAUGUGGUGGUGAUAAAUUAACUUUAAAAAUUUCCCUUAGCCAUGAUUUUCCAGUCGAAAAACCAGUACUAAGUGUAAGCCCUAUGGUUUAUCACCCAUGGGUUAAUGAAAAUGGAGUAAUUACAUCAGCGCCUGGCUUAAUAAAUUUUUCAGUGCAUUCAGAUUUGGGUAGAGUCGUUCAGGCUAUAAUAAGGGAUUUUCAAAGAAACCCACCUCGCUUGGCGGCCAAUAACAAUGUGAUAUCUUCGAAUAUACCAAUUUUAGGCAGCGCAGAUAACAGGGGAAGCCCAAAUUUCCAGUCUAGGUCAAGUUUAUCGCCUCCUAAUGAUCCAACAGGGCAAUAUCAGAGAAAAAAUAAUACUGCAUCGCCUUUUUUGGACUUAAAUAACUUGACUGUAGAAGAACUGAAGUUUUUAAAUGAAAAUGAUGAUCGGUUAAUGGAGUUUAUCGAAGAUAUUCCUCCUAUGAGAGACCAGCAAAAGGCUCUCGAUGAUUUGCUAGUUGGUAUUGAAGAAUUAGCAGAAGAAAAUUUGAACAAAGAGGAACAAAUAGAAACCCUAAAAGAGGCAGUGGAUUCCAGAAUAGAAGAGGUCAAUAAAUUAGCAUUUAACAAUGAAAAACUCUAUAAUGUCUAUCAGAGUUUGUCUGAAAAAUAUUCACCAAGAAAUAUACAAGAAGAACUAAGGAAGUCAGCAAAAGAAGCUGAAGACGAAAGUGACAAGAUUGCUGACUCGUUUCUACAGGGCGAUUUGGACGUGGAUACUUUUUUAAAUAUGUUCAUAAAGUCGAAAUCGCUUUGUCAGCUACGUAAAACCAAAGAAGAGAAGCUGUGCCAUCAGCUGGAUCGGCUAGAAAAAGCUGGCUUUUAAUAGCCCUAAACAUUCCUAUUUAUUAUUUUUAAGGACGUAUAAUAUGUAUAUACACUUUUUUUUAAAUAAAAAUAAAUAUUCAUA